AUGGUUCGCACGUGGAACAGAGAACCUAGCCCAGACCAGGAUAAGGCCAGGAGGGACCGCAGUCCGCGGCAUACACCUACUAUCACCUACCAUCCCAACAACGUCCGCUUUGCCUACGAUGGCAAAAUCAAAACGCCCAACUUCCUUAACGGCUAUGAUGCCCAGCUUUUAGAGGCUCGCGGUCAGAUCAGCCCAGCCAACACCAACACGCACACCCGCUAUGACUUCUCCAGCACCGGCGUCGGCAAUCUCUCCAUCAGCCUCGCCGCAGAAAUGGCCAAAUCCAUAAACACCUGCGGCACGAUGCGCGCCGGCCGGCCCAAAUCCGCCACCGCACGCAGCCUCGUCGCCAAUGACACCCGGUACGAACACCUCAAAGAGCCGCACAACGACCACGUGGGACCCGGAGCGUACGACAUCGAACGUGCCGUACCCGGUGUGGGCCCGAUGGCCCUGGACUCCCACACGUCCUCCGCAUCCCCCCAGCGGGACCCUUACCGCCCCUCAGCGCCCUUCAAGGCGCCAAGGCGCCCCGGCAGUGCACAGUGGGUGCUACCCUGGGGCCCUGACGCGGUCUACAUCUCCCCCGACUUCGUGCCAAGCCCAGAUCAUGCCCCGGCUUGGGAUACCAUUUCGGACAAGCGCCCCGACGCAUCGCAGUGGCGACUCAACCACGCGCGCGUGAUUGCGGCGGUGGUGGCAGGUGCGGGCACCGGCGGCGGCGCGGGUGCAGGCGCAGCUGCCGCCGAUGCGCCGUUCAGCUCCGAUCUGCAGACUGACGUUGCCAGCAGACCGUUGGAGGUGUCGUUGAGGGCGCAGCUCCGAAACCCGCAUAAGGCGGUGUUCGCCAGCAAAGAGCCCCGGCUGACGUCACUUCCUCUGGAGCGAACCUCCGACCUCCGCUACUCGCGUCUCGCCGCCCUCCGCGGCCCCGAUGACACCGCCCAUCUUGGACCUGGGUCGUACACACCGCCCACCUCCGUCGGCGGCGCCCGCCGCUCUUCAUAUCGUAUCUUCGUCGACCCCCUCGUCACACCGCAACCUAGCGACCGAUUCGGAGUCGCCGGCGGCCGCGGCAGCGUCCUUGGCGGCAGCCAGUCAGACGCAGCGGCGAUUGUGGCCGCGUGCGAACGCGGUACGGCACGAGCACGGGCGACGGCGGCGUCGGCGUUACAACUGGGAUCGCCGCCGGCCAGUGCCGCCGCCGCCGCCGCCGCUGCCGGAUUGCGGGCGUUGUCGGCGUGCAGCCACCGCAGUAGCUGUGGCGGCGGCAGUAGUGCCCCGUCGACACCUGGUUCGCGAAGCGUCGGUAACGGCGUGGCGCGGCCGGGUCCCAGCGCUGCUUUUGCCGGGACCUUCCGAGCGCACAAGGCUGGGGCAUUUGACUGGCGAACGGACAGCGCCCUUGUGCGAUAUUGA